ACUCAUGAAAUGCUGCCAACUCGCGAAGUUCGCCAUCACGCACGACUGAAGGAGUGUCGACCGGGAUAUUUCUAGUCAGGUUCUUUUCGCGGACUUAGUACCUGAGUAUCGCGGAUGCCCGGUGCGUCUAGGCCGCGCGCGUUCUGCGUUGCACAUAUGCGUAUGCACCUCGCGCCCGUUCUCGUCUCGAUUUCGUCGAACCGUGUGCAUCGUGUCGUUUCCGUGACUGUGAAUGUGAGAGAUCGGAAGUAUGACCGAUAGGAAUAUCGUGAAACCGAGACGAAAGCGGCUUUCGGAGGACCUUACCGGAACAAGGUCGUCGGAAAGGUCGGACAGGCCGAAGGAGCCGGCGAGGCCGCCGAGAACGAGGACGCAGCAGCAGGUCGCGUGUGUGACAACGACCAACAAUUCCGAUUUUGGAAAUGGGAAUGUCACGCAACGCGGCACGUCUGCGGAAACGCAGGAGAGACCGACCGAGAAGGCCCCGAUGACGACUCUUGACGAGAACGUGAACCGCAUACCACGACAGCAGCAUAAUAAUAAGACAGCCGAAAAUAUGGAUUAUAUCGGAAGGAACGAUCGAAUAGAAAGGAUUAUACCGAUGGAUAAGCAGACAUUAGACACAUCAACGGAUGAGGGGCGACCUGUCCAAGUGGUACUUGCCCAUCCAGAUCAUACCUUUGAAUUAGAUGAAGAGGCAUUGUCCGAAAUUCUUUUGCAUGAUGACGUGAAAGAUAGAAGUGUGGUUGUGGUGUCUGUUGCAGGUGCCUUUAGGAAAGGCAAAAGUUUCCUUCUUGACUUUUUUCUUCGUUACAUGAACAGCAAGUACACGCUACAAGAAGAUACCGAUUCCUGGUUGGGCGCUGAAGAUGAACCAUUGAGUGGUUUUUCGUGGAGGGGCGGUUCUGAGAGGGACACUACGGGAAUACUGAUGUGGUCGAAGGUUUAUCCUGCUACCUUGGCGAAUGGUGAGAAGGUUGCAGUGAUUCUUAUGGACACUCAAGGCGCGUUCGACAGUCAAUCUACGGUGCGAGACUGCGCGACGGUGUUCGCAUUGAGCACGAUGCUGUCCUCCGUACAAAUAUACAAUCUGUCGCAAAACAUCCAGGAGGACGAUCUUCAACAUCUACAGUUAUUCACCGAGUAUGGUAGAUUGGCGCUGGAAAGCUCUGAUAGCACACCCUUUCAAAGACUGCAGUUUUUAAUCAGGGACUGGGUUUAUCCGUAUGAGGCUGAUUACGGAGCGGACGGCGGAAAGAAAUUGCUCGACAAGAGACUGGAGAUCUCCGACAGACAGCACGCAGAACUACAAAGCUUGCGAAAGCAUAUUAAGUCCUGCUUUUCGGAUAUAUCAUGUUUUCUUAUGCCGCAUCCCGGCCUCGAAAUCGCAACGAAUCCAAAAUUCGACGGUAGAUUAUCCGAAAUACAAUCAGAGUUCAAAAAACAAUUGAAAGUGCUCAUACCGAUGAUACUGGCGCCACAAAAUCUGGUGACCAAGAAGAUUAAUGGUCAGGUCGUGAAAGCGAAAGAUCUGUUGGAAUAUUUCAAGAGUUACAUCAAUCUUUACAAAGGAGAUGAACUUCCUGAACCGAAAAGUAUGCUUGUGGCUACAGCGGAAGCUAACAACUUAACAGCUGUAGCGGAAGCUAAAGAUUUGUACCUUCAGAUGAUGGAAAACGUGUGCGGUGGAGGGAAACCGUUUUUAGCGACCGCGCACUUAGAAUCAGAACAUCAUCAUUGUGUGGAAUCAGCUCUUCGCCAGUUCCAAAAUAAAAGAAAAAUGGGUGGAGAAGAAUUCAGUCAAAUAUAUAUGGAAAAAUUGAUUAAGGACAUGGAUGAAUCUUUCUCACAAUUCAAGGCGCAUAACGAAAGCAAAAAUAUCUUCAAAGCAGCGCGAACACCGGCAGUGUUUUUCGCGAUUGCUGUUACCAUGUAUAUUUCGUCUGGAAUAUUUGGUCUUAUUGGUCUAUACACAAUAGCGAAUGUAUGCAACUUUAUUAUGGGUAUCGGCCUUCUCACCCUUGUUUUAUGGGCAUAUAUAAGAUAUAGUGGAGAAUUCAGAGAAAUUGGCACACAAAUAGAUGACUUAGCCAGUAAAAUAUGGGAAAAUUGUACUAAUGAAAAACGAUAUUUGAGAAAGUUCAUGAAGCCACUCUACCAACAGUUCGUGGAGAAGUCAGUGUCUGUAGCAGUGGCGCAGGCUGCUGAAAUAGCGGUAACAAAUUCAACAGUGAAUGCCACUGUCACUGCUAAUGGCAAGGCUAAAUUAUCGUAAUACUUCAUUCCCACAAUAAUCUCGAUUGUCCAAACGGAUUGAAAUAUUGCAUGUUGUGUGCAAACAUCAACAAGUGACAUAAUCAAAUUUUACACAAUAUGUUAUUUUUUGACAUACCGCCAUGAAUAGUUUUUUCUCUGUUUAAACUGGAUUAAACAUUAUGGCUUAAACAUAAAACUAAUUUGAAAUGACUGUGAAUGUAUAUAUGAUGUAUUCUAAUUAUAAAAAAGAAAAACAACGCGUUAGAUUGAUGGAAAUCGUGAUAUUACUAGUAUUGCCUAGUAUAUCCUUGGUAUAUAUAUAAUGUUGUUAUAAAAAUAAAAUCUUGUACUGGUGAAAGAUAUCAUUAUUGUAGCUUGAUCUAAAAAUAUUUUAUGACGGGGAUGUUAAUAUAUAUUUAAAGUUAUCACGAAUUUAAAAAGUAGAAAAGUGCAAAGUGCAUUUGUGAACAUAUUAUAAACAGUUAGAAAAAUAAGUUUAUAAUGCUAACUUUUGUUUUGUUUCUACUAAGUGCAUGCAAUCUUUUUGUUGUACCCAUUACAUUUAAAGUGCAUUUUGAAAUUCUUUUUUUUUUAUACGCAAGAUUUUGUUUUUGCACAAUUAUGUUCUUAUUAUUUUAUGUGUUAUUUACAUGCUUCGACUAAAACAAAGUACAGAUUUUGUUCGUGCCAGAAAUUCUUUACAUCAGUUACUGUACUGAGCUAUUAUUUAAUAAUAAAAGAAAAACUGUAUAUACAAAUGUUAUUCACAUUUUACAUAGUUUGGAAAAGUGAAGUGGAUUUAAAAAUACUUAGAACUUAUUUAACUACUCUAAAAUAGAUUUCGUGCGCCAUAUAAUAUAUAUAUAUAUAUUGCUGUGGUAUCUUAUUAAAUGCAACAUCUCAAAGUUGUAUGACGUUAUAUUAAUCUACUUAAGAGAGUAAGAUAUAAGUCUUAUGUUGCCAACACUCUAUUAAUAGUGCUCAAAUUUGCGUCAUAGAUAUGCUGGACUCUAUUGCUUAUAUUGCUCAUUGAAUAAAACUAACGGAGUGAUCUUGUUUAA